AUUUGAAUAUUGACUUUGUGAUUGGAUCAAAAGGGGCCACAACAAACACAUGACUUGACAGAAAGGUACUUUACCACCAGGACUAGGUUUUUCUUAAGUACCUCAACAACUGCCAGUGGGCAGGAGAUCCCUCUCAUUGUUGGCCGUGUCUCCAUUGUCUCCUGCUUCCUGUUUCACUCUUUAUAUGCCUUCUGCUCCCUCCAGCAGAACAUGCAGAGGCUUGACGCAAAUUAUAGCUGCUAUUUUAGUUCAACGGGCCAUUGUGCUUUCCUCCAGUGGUGUUGUCGGCUGUCGCUACCCCCGUGUGAUGCCUAUAUCAUUAUGCCAAAGAAUAUUCUUAGCAUUUUAUGUCUCAAGUUUGCUGUGCAAGUGGAGGAGCCUAUGUGAACUCUGGGUUGUGUAAACAAGAUAGGAAAGCAGGAGGUCAACUUGCCUAAAUACCGGGCUCUUUGACUUGAAGGCUGGAACGACAGUGGUGAUGUUCUACAGCCAGAUAUUCAUUGACACUAACCCGGGGUAAAGAAAAUACAUUCACUGCUCUGUAGGAAAUACAAGGCAAAGCAAAAUUAGGCGUCUUUGUGCUCCCAAGCGUUCAACUAUCAACCACGAUGCCUGUGGAGACUCUCCCGUCCCCGCUGAGACAGUCGGUGAGGAUGUCCCUGACGCCGCCUCGCCUGCGACCCAAGGCCCCGCUGGGGCCGGCAUUCAACCGCCCCAGCCCCCUGCCGGCCCCCAGACCCAGGCAGAGUGCCGUGGAGAGGCUGGAGGCGGACAAGGCCAAGUACGUCAAGAGCCAGGUGGCCCUGUCCAAGCAGCAGCCCGUCCACGCCGCCGAGCCCCGGAAGGCCCCGCUGAACCCCCCCACCGUCAGCAGCAGCAGCGGUAGUAGCCGCGGCAGCAGUGCCCUGCAGCCCACCAGGAAGGCCCCGUCCCAGGCCGGCGCGCAGCAGACCGGCGUCCCCCUCAACCUGGAGCACCUCAGCAACCUGAUCAGCGGCGUGAACGACAGGCCCGCCCCCGCCGCCCCGACCCCCACUGCCGCCGGCGAGGGCAGGAGCCGCGGGGGUCCGACCCGCGGCUCGCCGCUCCGGGGCCCCAUCAGAGCAGAGCACCGCGAGGUCCGGUCCUCUCCCCCUCCUGCGACCCCCGACUGGUCCAGUCCCGCUAAGGUGCGGUUAAAAGCCUGCGGCCCGGUGAAGCCAGAGGCCCCUCAGAGCCAGGACGCGGCGUUGCCCCCGGCGACGGCGACCAUCCGCAGAGUGGACGUGGUCCCCCAGUCCCGGAACCAGAGGAAGCCCCCGGCCCGCCCAAUGCAGUACAUGCGACAGCCGCUCUACCCCAUGACCUGGCAGGGCCUGCACCCCCUCCGCCCGGCCACCUCCAACCUGGGGCUGUUCCCCCAGAGGUCCCCGCUGGCGCCCCCCACGCCCCUGAAGCCCCUCCGCGCGCCUCCUCAAGCCGACCUGGCCGCCACGCCUCCCGGCCAACCACCAGCACCUCCUCCGAGGACCUCCUCCUCCUCCUCCUCCGCUCCUCCUCCUCCUCCACCCGGGCUGCUCCCUCCCCCUCUCCAGUCCUCCAGCCCCCUCGUCUUCCCCCCGUCCUCCCCGGCCGUCACCCGUCUGUCCUCGUCCAGCUCCAGGAAGCGUCCCUCGCUGACGCGCUCCAAGUCGGACAUGAGCGACCGCUGCUCGCGGGCCGGCACGGAGCUGGAGCGCUUCUUCAACCUGUGCGGCCUGGACCCCUCGGAGGUGCAGGAGCUGGCCGUGGGGCCCGGCUCGGACAUCGUCUCCUUGGCCCGCUUCCGCAGCGCCAGCGCUCCGGGGUCGGAGUGCCAGGAGGGGGAGGAGGAAGAGGACGACGCCGAGGAAGGGGGCGGAGCCGCCCGCGUGCCGUACGGCGUUUCGGUCAUCGAGAGGAACGCCAGAGUCAUCAAGUGGCUGUACAAUAUCCGCCAGGAGGCCAAGGACAGUAAGAGCACCAACAUGUAGGCUUCUGGGGUUGUACGAGGUUUUCCUAAUUGAACUAAAAGUCCUCAAAGGAGACUCUGGCCAAAACAUGUAGUAUGUUGCAUGGUAGACUGCUGUAAGUGGUUUAUUUAUUUGUGGUUGUCCUUUUUUGUUUACAAAAAACUAUCGGGUCACAUUUUUACGUUUAGAGAAAGGAUAAACCAAAUAGAAAAGAAUAUCUUUUAAUAGUUUUGUUACUUUUCAUGUAGGGGCUUUUCUUAUCAUGAUGUGCCUUUUUGCUGCUGUACUGUUGUUGGAAAUGAGCAACAAAUUACUUGAUUUCUCCAAGGAAACAUUAAAGAUUUGAUAACAAAUGA